AGCUUCAUCCUACACCUGGAGACGAGUUACUACAACAGGACAGGUGUUACUCAGGUCCCCAUAGGAACACGCCACUCCUACUCUCCCAAUAGGAACCCGUACACCUGUACAGCAGGAGCCAUUGUCAGCUGCGGCGGGCUCGUGUUCCUGUACAGUGCACAACAACCGGCAGAAUGUCAGACGUCUCCAAUCAAUACGGCUACCAUGACCCGAUCGAAAGAUUAUUUGAAAGCGGUUCAUCUCCGAGCAGAUCUCGCUCCAAAUAUCGGGAUUCUAUCAGGAGCUUUCCAGAGUUCCGCGAUAAAGAACAUUCAUACACCAAAAAUAGAGAUGGCUCCCAGAAAUCGAAAAGACACUACUAUGACCUACCUGACAGCCACGGAGAAGAUAAGGCUCCAUACAACUCUGGGCUCAGAGACCAGCUGCUUGCCUACAAAAUCGCCGGCGAGUCUGCACAGAGCGAGCACGCUGCUCUGCUGGUGAAGAAUACCAGUUUACAAUCGGAGGUUUCCGACCUAAAGAAACGACUGUCAGCUAAAGAUGUCUACUUUCAAGAAAUGAAAGAGGAGCUAGAAAAAUACAAAGAGAUGUGCGCCCGCCAGUCGUCCCAUGUGCAGAGCCUGAAAGAACAUAUCAAGGAGUUUGACCAUACGGCUAGUGAAAAAGCUGAAAUAAGCGCUGAGAAGCACUCUCUCCGCAGAGAGAACAAAGAGUUAACUGAGCGGAUUAAAGAACUGGAGAACCGAUUAAGAUUACAUCUGAUUGAAAGAGAAAAAGCUGAACAGAAAAGCAGUGGUCUGGGGAAUAGACUACAGGAGUGUGUUGAGCGGUUGUCCUCCUGUCUGAAUAUAGACUUUGAGGAACAUGAGGAUCCCCUGGAUGCUUUGGUGAGAAAGGUGGAGAAACUGAUGAAAGAAUACAUACGGCACAAAUCAAGAGUAACAAGUCUUGAAGAUGCCGUGGCAAGCCAAGAAGUGGAGUCUAAAGCUAGCCGGGACACCAUUGUCAAACUGGUGGCAGAGUCAGAGAAACAUAAAAAAGCAAUGGCGGAUCUUCCUGCGGAAGUUACAUUUUUGAAGAGGGAGAGAGAAGAGGCUGUUUUAGCCAGGAAGAACAUCGAGCGAGAAAAGGAAAUUCUGCAGGAGAAGCUGAAGGACAACCAUAAAGAAUGGGGCAGUUUUCGUCAGGAGCUGAUGGAAAAGGAGAAGAAAAUAAAUGAUCUGGAGAGGACUCUGCGUACCUCAGAUUACGGGGCUAAGGCAUCUCACAGCCUGCACCAGAGCUUCAUAGGUCAGCUGGCCACAAUCCUGAGUAAUGGAUUUACAACUGUACCUAGAACAGAGGAAGCUGUUAAGGAGAGGAUCCAAGAACUCUGCAGCAGCGAACAAACUUGGAAAUCCACCUGUGAGGACCUGCGGCAGAAGAUUGAGAAGCUCAAUAAACAGAUAGAGAAACAACUGGACCUGUAUCACGAGUCUAUGGCCAAGUCGUACAAAGCCGAGGAACUACUGCAAGAACACCAGAACUCCAUGAAACAUCUGAAGGGCAAGCUUGUCUCAGAGGAGAUGAUCAAAGACGGCUUCAACAUGGAGAGGAAAAGGCUCAAGAAGUUCUUACUGCAGCUGGCCGAGAAGAUGAAAAUAAGCCAAGACAUUUCAUCUGAGAGCCUUGUAUCACAGUACGACAUGUUACUGAACAGAGCUGAUGAAAUCUGUAAGAGGGAUAAAGAAUUUCUGAGCGAAAAUAAAACUCUUAUCUACAAUCUCCAGAAGAAGGUGAAUUCCCAAAGGGAAAAUCUAGAGUUAAAAUCUUCUCAAAUCGAACAACUGGAGAAGAAAAUCAAACAGCACGAAAGAGAAAAAGAGCAUCAAACCUUCCUAAAUGCCGAAAAUUCAACAACUAUGACAGCCCAAAAAUUGCAGAAGAAGGUCGAGAGACUCCAGGGACAGCUCAGCGACAUGAAAAUUGCUAAUCAAAACUUGAAGGCUCAGCUUGUCGAUAUGAACGAUCUAAAGGAGAUAGUCAACCAACAGAAGAAAACCAUAGAACUUCUCAGUAAGUCUUUAGAAAAGCUCGAGAAAAUUAAGGAGAAAGCUGCUAAAAAGGUAGUGAGCUUGAAAACAGAGCUGGACUACACCGAACACGAGUCUGUGGGGGAGAAAGUGAGGUGUCAGCAGGUGGUGGAAGCAGUCACUAAUGAGCUGCACACAGCCAAGAGAGCCCUCGAGGAGGUAGCAAGGAGAGAAAAACAGCUUGUCGACUUCAGAGAGACCAUCACCAGAAUGAUGGGAUUUAAUAUUAACACCCUGGCCGUUCCAGAUCAUGAAAUCUUCGACCAACUUAAGCGGGUUUUACGGACACAUGGACCGAUCGAUAACACCAAAACGGAUAGAUCCAAGUUGCCUUAUGGGUUUCGCACAGGGAUUGGCGAACAAGAAUACACAGUGCAGCACAUGAACCCCAGAUACUAACAUAAUGGGUCAAGCACAUGUUCAGUAUGGAUUGCUAUAGCGAAAAAAGCGAUUUCUGAGAUUUUUUUUAACUGAUGACCUCUGGAUAGGUCAUCAGUGUCUGAUCGGUGGGGGUCCAACACCCAGGACCACCUCCAGUCAGCUGUU